CCUCCAUGUAGCGGGGCGCGGAGCUCGGCUCUCGCAACCCAAGAUGGCGGAUGAGAGUGAGACAGCAGUGAAGCUGCCGGCACCUUCGCUGCCAGUCAUGAUGGAAGGGAACGGAAACGGCCAUGAGCACUGCAGCGAUUGCGAGAACGAGGAGAACAACAGCUACAACCGAAGUGGCUUGAGUCCAGCCAAUGACACCGGAGCCAAAAAGAAGAAAAAGAAACAGAAGAAGAAGAAAGAGAAAAGCAAUGACACAGAUUCAACCCAGGAUCAGCCUGUGAAGAUGAACUCUCUGCCAGCAGAGAGGAUCCAGGAAAUACAGAAGGCCAUUGAGCUGUUCUCAGUGGGUCAGGGACCUGCCAAAACUAUGGAGGAAGCCAGCAAGCGAAGCUACCAGUUCUGGGAUACACAGCCAGUCCCCAAAUUGGGCGAGGUAAUCAACACCCAUGGCCCUGUGGAACCUGACAAGGACAACAUUCGCCAAGAGCCCUACACCCUACCUCAGGGCUUCACGUGGGACGCCUUGGACCUGGGAGACCGUGGUGUGCUGAAAGAACUAUACACCCUCCUGAAUGAGAACUAUGUGGAAGAUGAUGAUAACAUGUUCCGAUUUGAUUAUUCCCCAGAGUUCCUUUUGUGGGCUCUCCGGCCACCUGGUUGGCUCCCACAGUGGCACUGCGGGGUUCGAGUGGUCUCAAGUCGGAAACUGGUUGGGUUCAUUAGUGCCAUCCCAGCAAACAUCCACAUCUAUGACACAGAGAAGAAAAUGGUGGAGAUCAACUUCCUGUGUGUCCACAAGAAGCUUCGCUCCAAGAGGGUGGCUCCAGUUCUGAUCCGAGAGAUAACCCGACGGGUCCACCUGGAGGGUAUUUUCCAAGCUGUUUACACUGCCGGAGUGUUCUUGCCAAAGCCUGUUGGCACCUGCAGGUACUGGCAUCGGUCCCUAAACCCUCGGAAGCUAAUUGAAGUGAAGUUCUCCCACCUGAGCAGGAAUAUGACCAUGCAGCGCACCAUGAAGCUCUACCGACUGCCAGAGACUCCCAAGACAGCUGGGCUACGACCAAUGGAAAAGAAGGACAUUCCAGUAGUACACCAGUUGCUCAGCAGGUACUUGAAGCAGUUUCACCUCACGCCCAUCAUGAGUCAGGAGGAGGUGGAGCACUGGUUCUAUCCCCAGGAGAACAUCAUUGACACUUUCGUGGUGGAGAAUGCCAACGGUGAGGUGACUGAUUUCCUGAGUUUUUAUACGCUUCCCUCCACCAUCAUGAACCAUCCAACUCACAAGAGUCUAAAAGCUGCUUACUCCUUCUACAACGUUCACACCCAGACCCCUCUUCUAGACCUUAUGAGCGACGCCCUUGUCCUAGCCAAAAUGAAAGGGUUUGAUGUGUUCAAUGCACUGGAUCUCAUGGAGAACAAAACAUUCCUGGAGAAGCUCAAGUUUGGCAUCGGGGACGGCAACCUGCAGUAUUACCUGUACAACUGGAAGUGCCCUAGCAUGGGGGCCGAGAAGGUUGGGUUGGUGUUACAGUAACCAGUUGCCAGUGAGAUUCUGGAUAAAGCCACUGAGAAUCCAAACCAGGAAACGGAACCCCACCACUUGUUGGUCCAACUUUCACAAAUGUGAGAUCUCUGGCAAACAGAACAGAACUGAACCGGCUUUACCAAACCGCCAGCGAACUUGACAAUUACAUUGCAGUGGCAUAGGCUGCGUGAUGUCACCUUUGGCCAUGUUUCUGGUCUACCUGUUUUCAAUGAAUUAACAUGCUCGUGCAGCCAUGAUCAAGGGAAUGUAACUGCUGAAACCUAGCUCGUGAUUGGCAUAUUAUGGAGUUAACGGGUGAAUAAUAAAAGUAUAUAUAUAUUAUAUAUAUAUAAAUAUUUUAAAUAUCUUUCAUGUUCCAAAUGUACAAGGAUGUUUGGUCUCUAAUGAAAAAGAAGGCAUUCUUCAAAAUUAGAGCCCAAGGACAGUGGCAGACAGACAUGUAUUGGCACAGUUGUUGUUUCUUCAGAAACUGGUGGCUGUUCUCAAGGGGAGCAGGAGAAAGAGGAUCUGGGGAGCCUCACCCAGUUCCCCUUUGGAACUGGCUACCCAAGUGGCUUUGAGCAAGGAGGAAAGGUGGAGGGACUGCCAGCUCAGGAGAGGGCUCGGAUCUCCAGAAUGGCAGGACAAGCUCCUAGGGUGAGCCUGGCCCGGGCAGAGGCCAGACUACUGCAUUCUGAGACUAGGAAGUAUUGACAAUCCUGGAAAUAUAUUUCAUUAAUCAAGACCCUCUUCCUACACCUUCUCCCAUAGGAGCUUAUCCUAUCCUAUCAAGUGAUUUUAAAAGGCUUUUGAGCCGGCUGUUGCCAACCUUGCAGGUGUGUGUUCCCUGAGAGACUACUUUCACUGCCUAGGAUGGUUGGCAGUUUACAAGGGACCUUGUGGAGACCACAGGAACGCAAGCCCUUUUUAACACAUCGUAGAGCAAAGAGGGAGUAUCCCAGGGAGGCAGGCAUGGUGUGGCAAUGCCCAGACCCCUCAGCUCGAGCCCCUGCCUGUGCCUUCCGACCCAUCAGCCAUCUCCUGUGCUCCUUUAUCUCCUUUCCAGGAUGUGCAGCCCACGGUGGCAGCAAGACACAGUAACUCGAGACGAUCUAGACUUGGCAGUCUCAGUCUGAUCAUUCGCAGUGCUGUUAUGUGGAUUUUUGUGGUGGUAGUGAUGCUUAUUGAUGCUGCCAGUUUUCUCCAGAAGUAGCCAAGUCCCUGAUCACGUGGCUGCCCAUGUGGGCAUUCUUCAGUGGUGUUCAGCCAAGAGGCCUAGAAGGAUUGGGCUGCACUGUUAGCAAGCCACAUCCAGCUUCCUCGUAACCUGUGCUCUAGGAGAAAGCCCCCGAAUGAUAUAUAGUGGGGAAUUUCUUUGCUCUUUCACCUUUUGGCAUCUUGGGGGUAGGGGGAGUUUGUAGGGGAAAGAAGCCUUAGCCACGAGCCAGGUUCAGCUUUGUCCCUUGAACUGAAGCUGUCCUACAGGCAAGCAGGGAGUCAGCGUCAGGCUGCAGCUGAUGGUGGUCUGCAGAAGCUGAUGCUGCAUCGCCUCAGCUGAAGGAAGUUGUAUGCUGGGGAUGCCCCCUGCUUUGUAGACUACUGCCAGAGGCAGACGCUCUGCUUGGAGGAUUCUCAUCAGAGGCUCGUAGGAACCUUCCUUCCCUUCACUGUCCUGUGCUGCGAACUGCAAGCGCCAGCAAAGGUGGCUGACUUGUGACUCCAAGAUACUCAGACCAAAGAAGCUGCUGUUCUUGGCAAAAAAUGUGCACUGAGUUCUACAGAUGGGAGUAGAGAGGCGGGGCUCCCCCACAGCCUCAGUCACCAGACACUGCCCUAAGUGCCCGAGUGGGCUCAUCCUGCCCACACUUUUAAAGAACAAAGUGCUCAAGUUUUUCCUUCUUGGGCGGGCCUGGAAUGUGGAAAGACUUCCCGUCUUAGUCUUGAUCAGUUGUGGGUCAGCUUUCAGCUCAAAUUGCCUCUGAGAUUUGGGGUUCACAAAUCUCUGGAGUGAACUUUGGUUUCAUUGACCCCAGUCAAGGAACAAAACAGUGAGCCCCAGGGAGCUGCUCUGGAAGAAACAGAUCUGCUGGCAACAACUCCAGCCCCAAACCAGGUGGCUUGCUUCGCUUCUGCCGCUGCCUCAUGAUGGGCGUUCUGCCCAGGUCUGCAGGAGUUGGCUCAGGGGUUGUUUUUAAGUCUUAUUUUUAUCCAAACUGUCCUGGUGUCUUCAUUCAACCCUCAUGGGAUUAGGGGCUAAAGAGCACCAUCAUGGGGUUCACAGCUACUCCACAGUCUAUGACGUAUGGCAGCCCUGUGACUGGCUUGAACUAAACAAGAAGGGCCCUGGGGCCUCCAACAGGCAGCCAUGUGGGAAGGCCUCUAUGGGCCUGGCCCCGGUCCUCUGCCAUGUCCUGAAGACCACCUUUCCUUCCCUGCCUUUGGAUUGACUCUCCAUGCCACCACAGACUCCAGUCUGUAGGAAGUGUGCUGGGUAGAAAGGCCUUAACUCUGGAUUGAGGCCUGCAUGGGCUGGCUUUCCCCACUCGUGCCUGUGUCUGAAGGUUGCCUCACACCAAGCUCUGCUAACAGUUUUUCUUUUGUGGAAAACUUCUACCAUUUGUCCCCCUUACUUGCUGGCUCUCUGAAGCCCAGAGGCAGGUGUCUUUGUGGUUCUGAAUUCUGUCUCCAAAGAUGACCAGCACUAAACCAACCUGGGGCCCCAAAGGUCCUGAACAGUUUUCACGGAGCUGUCUACAGUCUGAGAGAGAAAGAGACUCUCGGGUCAGGAAAGGGAACUGAAGUGUCUCUCAUGGCCUGGUCUGCCUGCCGUAGAACAGAGACCUGUUUUGUCCUACUGCAGAGUAGAGGCAGGUCUACAGACGGCCGCCCCCCCCCGCCCCCGGGGGGGGGGGAGGGAGGUUUAGGACAGUUUCAUUGAUUAAGCUCAAAGUGUUGACUGAAUGGCAGGCAAGUGCUGCAUCUGGGACAGGGGUGUGAGCUGCCCCGUUUUUGUCUUGGCUUUUCUUUGCUCUGCUGGGGACAUUCCUUGCAGGGGUGGGGGCAGGGAUACCAAAUGCAUUGUUCCACUCAGCGCAUCUCACUUGUUUCUAAUAAAGGAAGCCGUUCAACA